ACAAGUUGAGACAAAGCAAAUAGUAAGAACGAUGUCCAUGAUGUAACUCAGAGACCAGCAAGUUAAACCAGUAGCAGGCUCCGUGGAACCAGGAAGGGAAGACGGACAGGGUAACCAACCAGGAAAUGGCUAAAGUGCUUCUCAUAUUGCUCUGCACCCUUUGUGCCAUGGCAGUUGCUCAUAAAUCUCCAGUCAGGAUGGAGAUGGACACAUUUCUUAGCCUUGUGAAGGACCUGGAGUCCAGCUUCCCAGAAUCCUCAGCUCUGAGCCUUUCCAAGCUCAUGCUUUUGGCAGGAACUGCUCCAGUCCACUGCACGUCCCUUUCUGAGGAUAAAACCAACAUUACUCGCUCACUGCUAACAUACAAGGUUGUAGAGCUGGAAGAAAAUUUCAGCAAAUUCUAUGAACAGGGGGUUGUGUUGGCCCCAGAUGGUAGCACGGUGGCACUAAGACCUCUCCUAGAAGCCUUCGCCUGGGGAUGGAAAGCAGGAACAGACUGUGAGCAGGUGGAGUCUAAUGAUAAAAGUCCUUCUUCUAACAACAAGCGUGCAGAUUCUGAGGUUUCCGGGUAUAUGUCUGAGGCAAAAAAAACAAAUAAUUCAUGUGCUCAGUGGUUACAUUCUAAUGAUAAGAAAGAUUCAAUUCAUUCCAGCUCCCUUACUAUUUCAUUGGGCUUGGCUUUUCUGGAUCCUGAUGUGGCCCUUCAUAAACAUCUAGCAGCCGUUGAUGGAUGCUGGGACUCUGUCUCUGACCCAAGAACCUUCCAAUUACAAAAUGCCCCUUGCCAUCCUGGUUUGACAUUGGCUUUUCUCAACGGAGCCCUCGACGGAACACUUCUUGGGGAGAUGAUUAGACAAGUUCCCAAGGGAGGGAAUCUAAGUUCUCUUCUUCAAGGAUAUUACUGGGGGAACACAAGCAGAAGUCUUUACAGGAGGCAAGACUUCCAGGCAAUAUUAGCUGGGCACAGUUUGGAGAGGCUUAUACAGAAAGCUAUUUAUUGCUACAGAAAUAUGGAAGCGGGACGUAGCCUACGCAAUAUCACUGAAGAGCAAAUAAAGAUUGCCGCCGGUGCUGCAGCCAGAGAGUUUGAGCAAUAUUUUCUUGAUUGUCCUGCAGUCAUCCCUCGCUGUAUGUGGGGAGCCAAGCGAUACAAAGGCAAACCCAUCUUCCUGGGUCUCCCACUCUCUCGUGUCUUCAUUCAUCACACCUAUGAACCAUCUCAGCCUUGUACGUCCUUCAGUCAGUGUGCCGCAAACAUGAGGAGCAUGCAGAGAUUCCACCAACAGGACCGUGGCUGGGAUGAUAUUGGAUACAGCUUUGUGGUAGGAUCUAAUGGAUAUCUGUAUGAGGGACGUGGUUGGAACAGGGCAGGUGCCCAUACCAGGGGCUACAACUCAGUGGGAUAUGGAGUCAGCUUCAUUGGUGAUUAUACCUCUAUAGUCCCCAAGGAUUCCAUUCUGGCUUUGGUGAAGGAUCGGUUUCUACGCUGUGCAGUCAGGUUGGGGUACAUUACUCCUAAUUACAUCAUACAGGGACACAGACAAGUCGUUAGCACCAGCUGUCCAGGAGAUGCUUUGUACAAAGAGAUCCAGAGUUGGGACCAUUUCAAGGAAUCCUAAGAGGAGCACAAGGAGUAAAGGCAUUGUCACCUCCUCUGCAGCCGCUAGGACCCUAAGCACUAUUCCUGCUGUUCAAAUAAAGCUCAGUUGUUUCAUGUCGCUUCAGAUGGCCUACCGCAAAUUUGCAUGCCUCUUUUCAUUAAUCUAAUGUUUGCCGAGAGCCACGUAUUAAAAUUGUCAUUCUCUGUAACCA